CGAGAUACCCUUAUAUGAAAUGAUUGGAAAUGAGGAACUUAGAAUGAAACAUAUAGAAAUUGGAAAUUUUGAGAUAAUAAAACAAAAAUUGCCUGAGGGGAAAUAUAUAAAUUUGAAAAUUUUGAAAAGUUUGAAAGGUGUUGAUACUAAUUUUGAAAUUGAAUUUCUGACAAAUAUAAGUAAAAUAUAUGAAGAUUGUACUCAUUACAAAGUACAAACAGACCCAAUUUUUGAGAUAAACAAAAAUAAAUGUACUGGGAAUGUGCCAACUGACGAAUUUUAUGAAGAAGAGAAAAAUAUUAAAAAAAUAAAUAAUUUUCUUAAAAAUUUGGGGGUUGAAUUUAAAGAAGAGGAAAAGGUCGGGAAGAAGGAUAUAUGGCCUGAUUUUAGUAAAAUAAUAAAAAAAUUCGAGAUAAUUGAAACAAAAAUUGGAGUUAUUGAAAUGAAGACAUUAAAUGAAAUAAAGAAUGAAAUACCUGAAAGAAAAUAUAUAAAUGGGGAUAUUUUGAAUGAAUUGAAAGUUAAAAAUGAGGUAAGUAUACCGUAUUUGCUAAAAUAAUUACCCAGGGUAAUUAUUGUU